AUGGAUGAAAAUGAAACAUCCAAAUAUGACACACAAGACUAUUAUUUCCCUAAUUCAUUAAUUAGACCAAACAACAAGCGCCAUGAUAUUUUUAUUAACUAUGGAAGAGUGUCUAGUGUUUUAAUACAGAGUGAUAUAGGACAACCAGUUCUUAAUCAGAAUAAUCAUUUUAAUGAUGAUCAGUUAUCUGCUAAACAUCCAACACUACCAAUAUCUUCUACAGCAUUACAAGUUGACUACCCGUUCAAGGAUCGAGUUAUGGCGGAGAAUCUUGCUAAUAUUGAAAAGGCCAGAUAUUUUGUUAAUUAUAUAACUAGAAUGAGAGGAGCCAUGCUUUCUAAGAUACCAUGUAAUCAUUUGAAACCAUUAAAACGUUUAAUAGAAGGUGUAGAAGAAGAGGGGUGUAUUAUUAAACUAGCUGUUAAAACUAGACCUACUGAAACUGUGAAAAAUUAUAUCUUAGAUUAUACAAAAUUGAUAUCAGCUAAUAUAGAGAAUUAUAACAGUGAAUAUGUUGGUGGAUGUCUAGCUGUGUUAAAUGAUGACAGAUACAACAAGACUGUUUGUUUUCCUUCUGUAAAUGAAGAUGAUAAUAAUAUCUAUAAAUAUGGUAAUGGUAUAGAGAUUGAUAUAGGAUCAGGUAUAUACGAGGUGCAAUCUACUAAAAUAAGAGAUACUGGAUAUUGUGGUAUAAGAAGUCAAGACAAUAAAUGUCAUAUGAUGAGAUUUCAAGGAGAAAAUUACAGUAAUACUAUUAAUACUAUUGAAACAGUGGAUGAAAAACCAACAUCUAUUGCUGUAAGUCCUUAUAUAGAAGGUGAAAGUUUGAUAGCAACAGAUUCUGGUACUGUACAUAUUUGGAAUGUUGGUAAAGGACUAGAAGGAGUUAUACUAAAUAAGGCAACAAGAUUUCAUUGUAAUGAUAAAUGGAGACAAGUACAAUAUGGAGCAUGUCCACAAGAAAUUGUAUUAGCUGAUAAAACAGUGGUACAGAUCUAUGAUAGAAGGACAAAGUGUGAUGAGAGUUUUGAUUUAUUUACACUACCUAAUAAAAGAUUACUGAAUAAUGAACGUAUAACAGUAACUAGUAAACAUCCUAGUAAUCCCUAUCAAUAUUUACUAGCUACAGAUUAUUCUUUACUAUUACUAGAUCAACGCUUUCCUAAUCAUAGUGUAUUAUAUUGGGAUCAUCUAUUAGACUCUAGUCCAGGGUUAAUAUCAGUUUAUAAAGACCAGUAUAACACUGAUAAUUCACUGGUUCUCUUAUCAUCCCAUUACCCACCAGAAACCACUUGUUUUAGAUUUCAACAGUCUGAUACUAAACCUGCUACAUCUACACAAACUCCUUUUAGACUCUCUAAAAUAAGUGAUAUCUGUAACUAUGAAAUACCAAUGUUAAAUACAUACUGUAUAUUAUCUAAGAAGAGAUUAGAAACAUCAUUAAGUGGUAUAUCAGCUUUGUCUGGUGCUGAUUCAAACUCUAUUUUAACAUUACAGCUGGACUGUCAUGGAGAGUUAUAUCAUCAAGUUUAUUCUACCACUAAUAAUAAUAAUAAUGAUCCAACAUGUUCUGCUGGUCCAGGCUUCAAUACCAGUAAUUUCAACCAAGAAGCUCAGUUGCACUGUAAAUUAUGGAUGUCUUCAUUAGAAAGACAUGUUGGUCAAGUUUGUGAAGAAAAUAAUUUGUUAGAAGUGACAACGAUUGAUUAUUCUAAUAGAUAUCAUGAAGUAUUAGAAACAGGAGUGUCAAGUGAAUCCUGUGUUCUAUGUAAACCAGGGAAUAUCAGAACUAAUUAUGGUAAUAAUAACAUUGAGGAGCUAUGUGACACUUGUCAACUAUCACCAACCACAUCCCAUUCAUUACUUACAGCUCAUCAACAGGAUAAGUUUGCCAGUAUUGAUUCUGAUGAUGGUUUAAAGAUAUUCAAUGAACAGAUACCACCUUAUGAUAAACUACCACAUUCUACUGCUAGAAGUCAGAUAUUGAUUAAACUGUGGCAUGAACCAGAACCUGAUUUGUCUUCUCUUCUUUUUCAAGCUGAUAAAGAUUUGAAAAAGUACAAAGAUACGUAUGAAAAAGCCAAAAGAAAACUGAUAAAAAAAUCAGAAACUAGGAGAAAGUAUUACACAACUUUGAAGAAGAAAGGCCAUGAUAUAAAUAAAAUAUAUUUUGAAUACAAAAAUAAUCCGAAAUUGUUGGAUAGAUAUAUGAAAUCCUUGAUAGCUGGAUAUGAUGAAGGAUGUCAACUUGACGGAAGCUUUAUAACUGAUACAGCUACUUAUAUCACAGAUGCUACUAGUAUGGUAUCCAAAGUAUCCAAACCUGAUGCCAAUCGAACUUUAUUAGCCAGAGAAUCCCAGAACCUGUCACUGUUACAAAUGUUACAAUCAUCAUCAUCUGGUACCCACUCACACACAGACCAGCUGUCAGUCCACUCUGGUAACUCCUCUACCCAUACUCUAUCAAAAUCACAUGGUAGAAGAUCUCGAGGCAACUCAAUAUCAUCUCAAACCAUCACUAAUCACCCCUCUAGUCCAACAAACUCAGAAAAAUCUUUGAAUUGUUCUGCUGAUGGAUUCAAAAAGCCACAAGCUACAGCUUUGAAGAAAAAGAAAUCUGUAACUCCUGAUGACAAAGUUACAAAAUCAAAGAAGAGUGAACUGGCAGAAGCUGACAACAAAUCUAAAAAAAGAAAGAGAAAACGCGAAGAAGGUGGUCAUGAUUCUGAUGACCUCUCAAGUUCAUCAGUUACUUCAGAUGGUGAUGACCUUUCAGAAACUAAUUCAGAUAGCACUGGGAAAACAACAUCUUCUAAACGUUCUAAGAAAAAGAAAGUUACAUCUUCUGCUAAUAAAAGGAGAAAGAAACAAAAUCUUGAUACAGAAUCAAAUUUGGCUGAUUUAUCAAGUGUUGAAGAAAAAUCAACACUAAAUGAAAAACCUUACGAUGCCAAAAAAAAAUCAUCCAAAAGGGAAUCUACCAAAAAUACAAAAAAAGAGAAAGGAAAAGGUGAUGGUGAAGAUGAAGAUUCAUCAGAUGGAAGCAGUCAGACUGAUUCUGCAGCAUCACAGAAAGCUUCAUGUAGUGAACUAGACACAGAAAUUGAUGAUGAAUAUACAUUUCACUCAGAUUCAAGCUUAAGAAGCAAUCAUCAGGUUAAAUCUAAAAGAAAAUCUACUGGUAGGCUAUUAGGGUCAACAGAAACUAAAACACUGAAAAGAAAAAGUGUUGUCAGGAUGAUUUCAGAUUCUUCAAGUGAAAAGGAAAAAAAUAUGUUGAGUCCUCAGCAAAGUGACAGCUCCAGAAAUAUAUCAGCUCCAGCGACCAAAAGCAAUGGAAAGAAAAAUAAACAUCAAAAAGGCAGAAAGAAGGCGAAGAAUGUUAACAAUGACAGUGCUGUGGAAACAGAUUUGACUUCAGAUGGUGACAAUCAGACUACUAUUUCAAGCCAUCUUGCCAAAGCUCAUAGGGACCCAGAUGCUGUAACAGUGCAAAAGAACAAUGACUCAUCUUAUUAUGACUCAGAAAGUAAUGAAAGUACAUGUUCAAAAGGAAGAAAGAGAGCAAAAAAGAAAAGAGGAAAGUCACAAGGCAGAGCACUGGACUCUGGUUGUUCAACAUCUUCAGCCCAUCUUACAGAAGCUCUUGAUAAGUCUACUGUUGAUGACUUUCAAACUCUAGAUAAGACAAUCUCCCAACUGUCAAAUUCUUUAAACCAGAGUGAAAAUUAUAAUUCUGAUGCAUCCUUGUUUUCUACCCAACCAUCUGUCCAAUCAGAUGUUAAUUCUGAUAGUACAACUGCUCAGGAACCAGGUGCAUCAAAAAAGAAGAAAAAAAAGAAAAAGAAGAAGAAAAACAAAAGUUGCUUGGAUUCUUCUCAAGAUUCAAAUAGAGAAAAUUCAGAUGAUAAUGACUUCUCCAAUACUAAUUCUCCAAAUACCAGAGCGACCUUUGGAAGCAAAACUUCAACCUCAAAGACUGAAGGCAAAAAGUCAAAAGCUAGAGGAGAAAGGGGAAAAAGUCACAAAAAAUCUAAAAAAUUAAAUGGAGACAAUGAAAGUCUGAAUGAUAGUGAUAGUGUAUCGUUUCAAAAUGAAGUGCAAUAUAAUACUGAUCUUCUUGACAGUGAUUGUAACAGUUUCUGUGAAUUUGAAUUUGAAAGUCCUAAAAGACUAGAUUCUGGUCAGGUGAAAGAAGAACCUGAAGACUACCAGAGUGAUUUAGAUUCAAGUUUGGAUCACAGCAGACUUUCAGUAGACAGUGUGUUAUGUGGUGAAGAUGAUGAUAAAUCUUCUGUUCAUCUGAGUGUGUCUCAUAACAUAGACAAUAUGUCAGAUGUCUCUGGUAACAGCAGGUCUGUGAAGGAGGAAACAACACCACAAAAAGAGGGUCCUUCCCUCAAGAUUGAAACAGACAAAGAAUCAGUAAAGGAUUUGAAAUACGAAGUUGAGUCUAUAAAUGAAACUGAAUUUGAUUCCAAUUGUUUGAAACGUGAGCUUGAAGAUAAUGUAGAAUCAGAUAUAAGUGAGAGUAAACAAGAAAACUCAAUGGUUCAUACUGAAAAUGUACCUCCUAGUCCAAAUAGUGUGAGCUCUGAUGUUGUUCAUAUUGCUAAUGUAUGUAAUCAUUCUAUACCAAUUAGUCCAGCCAGCACCCUUUUUUCACCAAUAAGUCAUAUAUCACCUCUUGACGGUUCAGAUAUCGGAUUAGAAAAUCCCAAUUCAAACCAUAAACGAAACCUUUUCAAUACCGUUAAUAAGGAAAAUAUUAAAGAUUCUGUGAAAGUUUCUGCUGUAGAACAGUUGGACGAAGACUUCAAACAUAAUUCUAUUAAUUCACCUAUUAAUCAGGCAUGUGAUGCUUUUGAAUGUAACAGUCCAUCCAAAUUUAAGUUUUUUAAACCAGAAAUAACUUCAACCCAACUCAACACAACAAUAUUAGUGAAAUCAAGUAAAAAAAAGAAGAAAAAGAAUAAUUUUGUUAUUGGGUUUUGAUAUGUUCAAUUUCAAUUUCUAAUGCAAUUUUAGUUUGUUAAUUGUUAUGAAAAUUAAAAUUGUUAAAGAUUUUU